GAUGAGCCGUGUGUAGGUCGGUGCCCAGGACCCAAGCCAGCGAACCCCGAGCUGCCAAAGCAGAGCAUGAGAACUUAACCACUACACCACCGCGCCGGCCCCUCAACCACCAUACAUAUCAUUUAAAGUGCAUGGGAAAAGCACGUAGUGGGCACGCAAUAAAUGUAGGUCCUUUCACAGUCCCUGGGUGUGUCAGUUCCGCCCGGCUUUCUCUCACUUCCAUUGCCCAUCUGUCCCCGGCCACUCCUGCAACCCUGCCCUGCCCAACACGCCUGGCCUCACCCUCCCUCUGCUAACAGAGAUCUGGGCAGGGUUUUAUGGGCUCUGAUAAGGCCCUGGCGGGGGCGAAGUUCACUGGCACCUCCUCUUUGCAGAAGGGCCUGGAGGAGGGGGCCCUGAGCCGAGUCCCCCAGGCCUGGCCCAGGUGACCCAGGGUCUGGCUGGUCACCCAUGAGGCUGGUAAGAGAAGCGGCUCCAGGGAUGCUCUAGGCGAAGACGUGAGCGUGGGAUGCCCAGAAAAGGGACCCUGUGGACCCUGCCCUGCCAGCCACGCCCUUCCCCUCAGGUAUAAGAGGCGCUCAUCAGCUGCCUUCUGCCACCAUUGCUCACUCCUGCAGCUCUCCUCAAGGCACAAGCCCUGAGCCCAGCCCGGCAAGAUGGCCUUUGUCCCGGCACCCGGCUACCAGCCCACCUACAACCCGACUCUGCCCUACAACCAGCCCAUCCCGGGCGGCCUCAGCGUCGGAAUGUCCGUUUACAUCCAAGGAGUGCCUAGUGAGCACAUGAAGAGGUUCUUCGUGAACUUUGCGGUGGGGCAGUCCCCCGGGUCGGACAUCGCCUUCCACUUCAAUCCCCGCUUUGAUGGCCUGGACAAGGUGGUCUUCAACUCGCAGCAGGGCGGCCACUGGGGCAAAGAGGAGAGGAAAAGGGAGAUGCCCUUCCGCAAGGGUUGCCCCUUCGAGCUGGUCUUCAUGAUCCUGCCGGAGCACUACAAGGUGGUGGUCAAUGGAAAUUCCUUCUACGAGUUCGGGCACCGGCUCCCCCUCCAGAUGGUCACCCACCUGCAAGUGGAUGGGGACGUUCAACUUCAGUCAAUCAACUUCAUCGGAGGCCAGCCCUCCCACCCCCAGCCACCUAGGGGUUUUCCGCCUCACCCAGGUCACGGACACAGCUACCCGCAGCAGGGUUCCCUGCCUACCAUGGAGGGACCCCCAGCCUUCAACCCGCCUGUGCCGUUUGUGAAGAGACUGCAAGGGGGGCUUACACCUCGAAGAACCAUCAUAAUCAAGGGCUUUGUACCCCCCUCAAGCAAGAGCUUUGUCAUCAAUUUCAAGGUGGGCUCCUCAGGGGAUGUGGCUCUGCACAUGAACCCCCGCCUGUCUGAGGGCAUUGUGGUUCGGAACAGCUUUCUGAAUGGCUCCUGGGGAUCCGAGGAGAGGAGGAUCCCCCACAACCCAUUUAGAGCUGGCCAGUAUUUUGACCUGUCCAUUCGCUGUGGCACAGAUCGCUUCAAGGUUUUUGCCAACGGCCAGCAUCUCUUUGACUUCUCCCAUCGCUUGCCGGCAUUCCAGAGGGUGGACGUGCUGGAGAUCCAGGGUGAUGUCACCUUGUCCUACGUCCAGAUCUGAUCUAUUCCUGGGGCUAUAACCCUUGGGAACACAGAGAGAAAGAUCCUAUAAGACUCCCUUCUAAGCCCCUAAUAAAAUGUCUGAGAUAUCUCAUGAGUA